UCGGUGACAGAAGCCAGCGGCGGGGAAGCGCCGAGCCCCACACACUGCCACGGGCCCGCCGCCGCCGGCGCUCCCUGCAUAGCUCCCGCCGCUCCCCCGGGCCCUGCGCCGUGGUUCCGCCGGGGGCGGCUGCGGGGGCGGCGUAGGGAGCGAGGCCCCUUUAAGAACGGCGCCGCCAUGAUCUGCCUGGUGCUGGGCCUCUUCGCCGGCCUCCUCCAGAGCGCCUACAGCGGGGUCACCGAACGCACCUUCGUGGCCAUCAAGCCGGAUGGGGUCCAGCGGCACCUGGUCGGGGAGAUCAUCCGCCGGUUCGAGAGGAAGGGCCUGCAGCUGGUGGGGCUGAAGCUCCUGCAGGCCUCAGAGGAGCUGCUGAAGGAGCACUACAUCGCCCUGCGGGACAGGCCCUUCUACAGCCGCCUGGUCAAGUACAUGAGCUCAGGGCCUGUGGUGGCCAUGGUCUGGCAGGGCCUGGAUGUGGUCAAGACAGUUCGCAUGAUGAUUGGGGAGACCAACCCAGCUGAAUCCAGGCCUGGCACCAUCCGAGGAGACUUCUGUGUGGAAGUCAGCAAGAACGUCAUCCACGGCAGUGACUCGGUGGAGAGUGCUCAGCAGGAGAUCUCCCUCUGGUUCCACCCAGAGGAGCUAACCUGCUGGCAGGACACAGCUGAGCACUGGAUCUAUGCUUAAGGAGCAGCCCAGAGGAAGCUACUUUCCCACCUGGACACAGGGGCUUCCCAUCCAUGCCAUCCUGGCUGCUUGGGCUGGAUCCUGCUGUGGUGGCAGCUGCUGGGGGGGUCCUGUUCUGCCUGUGGGAGCUGCUGUAGCCCUGCAGCUCAGCUCCUCGCAAUAGCAGCUGGUUCUCUGCUCUGCUC